AUGGACGCCCAGACCACAACCGCAGAACCUCAUCAUCCUUAUCCCUCCAGUCCUUGGACUUCUUCGACGAUAUCAUCGAGCACAACGAAUCCAACGACACCUUCUGCGACGAGUUCUCACAGCGCAACCGCCGCCGAAGGCUACUUCUUCGCCGACCCGUCCGCCACACAAUUUCACUCCCCACGCCUCGACUUUCUCCCGGCCUUUCUCCUCCCUCAAUCAAACAUCUACCACGCUCAACUCCUCCACUACAAUAAGCUCAUUUCCCCCUCUCGCGGCGGCGGCCUGCAGACACCGCCACUCCCUCCCGUCAUCUCUGCUCCUCAUAUCCAGGCGGCGCCACGGUCGCGAUCGUCUAGCAAGGUGUCGCUAAGGGACGCCUCCGCCGGCAAGGGGAACACAGCUGGAGGCCAUGGGAGCAGGUCACAUCAGAAUUUAGACAAGAGUCGCUCGGUUGCAUCCUCCAAGGAGGUUCCGUCCAAAAUGUCUUCCAAGCAGGCCGCCGACUCAUCGAGGCCUUUACCCCGACGAUCCGCACCCUCGGCUCAGUCCCACUCUAGUUCAGUGCCCUCGACGCCUCACCAGCACGCUCGGCAAUUUUCAUUUGAGGACCGCGAACCGUCACCCACGGGGACAAAUAACCACUCGCCACGCUCGGCUUAUUCUGAGACAAAUAGUACAUUACCUGCGCUUCGGCCUUUACCGCCGCGAUUAGGAGGCUGCAAAUACGAGACCGCCCAGAUAAAUUCUAGGAGGAGAAUACCGUAUUCGGUCGGCAAUGAUCGUCUGGAAAAGCUGGACUUGCGGACGGUCAAGAACAAGUUGUCUGAUGAUGAGGAGCGAAAGCUGGCCACAGAUAUGCGAGAGGUCUUUGACCGACUACUGCCUACAGCCGCUGUUGAGGAGAACCGAAAGAAACUAGUGUCGAAGCUUGAAAAGAUCUUCAAUGACGAGUGGCCCGGACAUGACAUUCGGGUGAAUCUCUUUGGUUCAUCUGGAAAUCUUCUUUGUUCGGAUGAUUCUGAUGUGGACAUUUGCAUCACAACCUCGUGGCACGAAUUGGAGGGUGUUUGCAUGAUCGCCAACCUUCUAGCGAAGCGGGGAAUGGAAAAGGUUGUUUGUAUUUCGGCUGCCAAGGUGCCUAUUGUCAAAAUAUGGGAUCCCGAGCUGGGCCUUGCGUGCGACAUGAACGUCAACAACACACUUGCACUUGAGAACACCCGAAUGGUACGAACAUAUAUCGAUAUUGAUCCACGAGUUCGCGAGCUUGCCAUGAUUGUAAAGCAUUGGACACGGAGAAGAAUAGUCAAUGACGCCGCAUUUGGUGGCACAUUGAGUUCGUACACUUGGAUUUGUUUGAUCAUCGCGUUCCUGCAGCUGCGCAGCCCGCCCGUUCUCCCCUGUCUGCAUCAGUCGCCACACAAGAUACCCAAGCCCGACGGUACCCUCCCCGACUUUGCCGACGAUGUUGAGAAGCUGGCUGGUUUUGGAAACAAGAACAAGGCAUCCGCUGCGGAACUUUUGUUCCAAUUCUUUCGCUUCUACGCUCACGAAUUUGAUUACGACAAGCACGUUCUCUCCGUACGACAGGGCAAGUUGCUCACCAAGCACGACAAGAAAUGGCAUUACGCGAUCAACAACCAAUUAUGUGUCGAAGAACCUUUCAAUACGUCUCGAAACCUCGGAAACACGGCCGAUGAAUAUUCUUUCCGCGGAUUACAUAUCGAGUUGCGUCGAGCGUUUGAUCUGAUUUCAGUGGCGAAUCUUGAGGAGGCUUGCGAGCAGUACGUGUUCCCUAAAGAGGAGGAAAGAGUAUGGUCUCGACCAGCACCACAGCCACGACCUGUCCUGCUUCGCAGCUCGUCACAGACACAUUCAGGACGUGGAGGCCGAGGUAACCAUCGCGGCGGCGGACGACAUAACAAUAACUACCGAGGCGGAAAUUCGAAUCGGCGAGCAUCUGCGGGCGUUCCACAAUUCGAUGCAAACAACAACAAUAUGUUUAUGCAGCCGGUGAACAUGGCGCAGGAACUGCAGUGGUACCAAAACCCACAGUUCCAGUUCCAAUAUGCACAGCAGGAUCUCAUGACUCAAAUGGCGUUGCACCAAGAGAAUAUGAGACUCUUGUAUGCCAGUCAGUCGCCAGCAUUUAUGCAGCAGCAGGCCCAAGCAAUGAGUCAACAUCAGCAGCAGCAACAGCAGAGAAUGUCGACAAGUGCAGGAUCGGCCCAACAAACGCCGCAGCAGACAUCGGAUCGUUCUAGGACAAAUUCGUUCGAUAACCCGCCGCUCAGCGCGCCCCUGCGACCAGAUAUAUAUGCUUUAUACGGGAUGAGUUUGGGACAACAGUUCUUCCCUCAAGCAGGUGCAAGUUACGGAACAUAUCCUUCGUCUCCUGCUAGUACGACUGGAGCUACUCAGGACUUCCGUCGUCCACUGCAGCGAAAUGGUGUGACUAACGAAUCAGGUGCUCAAGGGUCAAACGGUACUCUGCGUUCACAUUCGCAGCCCGCAUCGCGUUCCCCGUCAUCAUCACAGGCAGGUACUGCGUACUUCGGUGCUCAAUCCUUUAGCGGGCCUACACAGUCUCGAGGCGCCAACGGCAACCCAAUCCCAAGUUUCAUGUCUGAUGAUACAGAUUUCGAUGAGACACCGAAGGCGACUACGGAUUCCCCACAAUCGGAGGAGGGCAAAUAUUCUGUUUACCUGUCGGAGAGCCCCAGCCCCAGCAAGAAACCUCAACAGCCAGUGCCGGCUACGAAUGGUCUUGCUUUUGGAGAUCUGUCCAGUCAGGGUUCCAGCCCCGGGCGCAGACGAUUGUCGACAGACCAGCUUCCCCAAACAAUUCUCGACCGUCGAAUGAAGAGGACAUCACGAUCGCCUUCGCCUUUAGGACAAGCACGAAAUAUUACGACUACCGCUGCAUCAGCGCCAUUGGCACAAGGGCCUUUCCCUGGAACUCAGAACAAGAACUUGGGACGCCCUUUGGUCGUGAACGGAUCGAGUUUGAAGACAAGCGUGACCCCGAGCCCGCGUCAAGUCCCUUCUGGAGCAGAGAGCAGCAAUGAGGAGACUCCCACUUUCGAGAACCCUCUGCAGAUCCAUGCUGCAAAUGGAAUGCCCAGCUAUCCUGUUGAUGGAUCCAUCUUGCCUCCAGUUGAGCCGCAAGGAGUUGUGAACCAACAAGGUGCCUUUAACCAGGUUCCUGUGGUGGCCAACGGCUCCACUGCGCCACUUAUGGCUGCAGCUCCAUCAACAACGGAUGACCCUUCGUUCCGUGAUCGCAUCGCUAUGAUGAGCGCUUACUACAUGGGGACUCCUCAUAUUGUUCAGGAUCCAAAUGUUGGAAACUCUCGCUUGUCUCCUUCGACUCGACAGCGUCUGAUGUCGCGCCAGAACCAAAAUGGUGUGAUAGCUCCUCUCGAUCUCGCUAUCGCUGAGAACCGCAUUGAUCGCCCUGUUGGCCAAGACUUUGCUCACCUCUCACCAGUAUAUGAGACUCGCACUCCUUCUCCUACGGUUCUUCGAAAGGAUGGACCAUGGAAGUCCGAGAAGCAGAACAGUCCCAAGUCAGGCCGUGGAGAUGGGCCUAAGGGAGGUCAGAAGUCUGAAGAGCAGUCGCACAAUUCUCAAGAGGGAACCAAGUCUCAGAAGAACCAGAAGGGAAACUCGAAGUCCAACGGCAACCGGGAAAACGGCCACGUCCGCGGGGCUAGAAGCGAAAGCGACAACGCCUGGCAGAAGGCCGGCAAGGGCAAGAAGAAGGGUGGCAACAACAACAAUGCGCAGCAAGGAAACGGCGAGCAACCUCCCAAGCACGAGUCAGAACGAAAGGGUGGCUGA